CAGAAGCGAUGGCUUCGUUGCUAUUUCUAUAAUACCACAUGAAGCUGCACCGAUUCCCUCUCCCUCGGUUUCUUCCUCUUCCUCUACAAUGGACUUUGGAACACAGAUCGGAACAGAGAUCAAAACAGAGUCAAGACAAGAAGAGAGACAUGUUUUUGAAGAAUACCCUGAACCUCUCAGAUACACCACAUGGGUUUUGAAAGUUUCUAUCCAUUGCGAAGGAUGCAAGAGAAAAAUCAAGAAAAUCUUGAGCAAAAUCGAUGGUGUAUAUACAACGAAUAUCGACGUGAAGCAACAAAAAGUAACGGUGAUCGGAAACGUAGAGCCGGAGAUUCUGAUAAAAAAGAUCAUGAAAGCAGGUAGACACGCCGAGCUAUGGCCAACGUCAAUGGAGAACAACAACAACAACAACGAUUGUAAUUACCAGAGAGAGAAGAAACAAAAGAAACCUAAAACCGACGAUGACGAUAGCAGUGGAGACGAUGAAGACGAAGAAAACAACAACACAAACAACAUGAACGCCGGCGUUAUUGACGGCGGCACAUGCAUUGGCGGUGGAGGUGGCGGCGGUGGAGGCGGUGGCGGAGGAGGAGGUUAUGAAGUUAAGCAAGUUGUGACGUUUGGAGUCAACGGUCAACCUCAACCUCAUCCUUCUGGAGACGGAGCUCCGAAAAAGAAGAAGAAAAAGAAAAAGAAGAAGAAGAGCUCAGGGAACACGACGGUGGUUAUGGACGGAGGAGGAGGAGGCGGAAGCGGUGGUGGUGGGGCUCCGCCGCAGAACGAUGGACCACCAGAGACUGUGAUAUACUCUGCUCCACCAGAUCAAUAUCAUCCUCAUAACCUGCAGCAGCAUCCGUAUCCGAUGGCUCACAGUCCUCCACGUCAUCAUCAGCACCAAGUGUACGGACCGCCUCCUCCUACAUAUUAUCACGCGCAGCCUCAAACGGCGCCGUCUUAUACGGUGAGCUACAACACGGCGCACGGCCCGAGCAACGGUGGGAAUGAAACGGCUUCGUAUUACGCGGCUCCUCCUCAUCCUCCGACGUCGUAUUAUUCUUAUGAGUACGUGGACACGGGCUACGAAUCUCCACCGCCCGAAUUUUAUUCGUAUAGAUCUCAGCCGUCGGAUUCGUUUGAGGUACUCAGCGAAGGCAAUCCAAACGCUUGUUGCGUCAUGUGAUUGGGUUUAUGUUUUUAGAAUCAAAUGACAUAAUUGGGCUUGGAAAUUGGAAUGGUAUCUUGCUAUUCUAAUAGAUAUGUUCCUGUAAAUGAGAUAUGAAAACGUAGUUUAAUGGAAAAUCUAACUUA